AUGGCGGAUGAACAGCGCUUAAAAGAUGAAAUCGUCCAUCUACAACAACAACUGCAAGCCGCACGAGCAGCCGCUGCAAACAACUCCGCGAUUGUGAACAGCGGUAUUAAUCUGGAAGCGCAAUUCACGCUGAACCAAAUCACACGAGAAGACACCCGUUAUUAUCAUGUCCUGGCCGCCAUAGAUUCGGAAAUAUUGGCAUGCUGCUCGGACAUCAUUCGAGAUCCACCAGUCGACGGCAAGUAUUCGGCGAUUAAGGAUAGAAUCAUCAGAGAAUACAGCAUCAGUGAGCAGAAUCGUAUGCAGCAGCUGCUGCGUGGGUGUGAACUCGGCGAUCGCAAACCGUCACAGCUCCUACGUGAAAUGCGGGAUCUAGCCAGAGAUGUUAUCACCGAUGAAAAGAUUAUCAAAUCUUUAUGGAUGCAACAACUUCCCGAAACUACUCAAGCCGUCCUGAAAGUAUCAGAAGCUAAUCUACAACUUUCGCAGCUUGCCGAACAAGCAGAUAAGCUCGCUGACAUCACCAUAACAAGAACAGUUUCAUCCGCUGGUGCCCUGUGGGAUGAAAACAAAGAUAUCGGCUUUGAGGAACUGCGCAAGCAAGUUUCUGUGCUUUCCGACGAAAUCGCUGCUUUUCGCCAAGGACGAGGUCGUUCCCGGAACAGGAGUUUCGGCAGACAACCUGGUGCCCGAAGCAGCUCCCGAGAUAAUCACCCGUAUUGUUUUUAUCAUCGAAAGUUCGGCGCUGACGCAAGAAACUGUCGAACGCCCUGUCAGUUCAAAGCAAAAAACUAA